AUGGAUAGUGCUCCACUAGAGGGUUCGGCUUCUUCCACGUCGAAGGAAGCUUCGACUAUUUCUUUAAGGAUAUUGUCACCGUCGUUUGAGUCGAAUCAGCGCCUAUCAUUCGAGAAGCUCGCGGUAUCGACAACGGUUGGAGAAGUCAAGAACCUUAUCGCACCCCUCGCCCCCAAUCACCCUACACCAGAACAACAGAGACUCAUCUACCGCGGACGACCUCUUUUGAAUAACAGUGCUACUCUUGAGAAUAUUUUGGAGUCUCCACUAGACACGGUACAUACUUUACAUCUUGUUCUACCCCCUGGACCCGAGCUUUCGAACAACAUAUACGUUGCUCCCGACAGCGGCUUGCGCUAUAGACACCCUCCAGGCCGGAGCCCCAAUCUCAAUGCGAAUAGUUUUACAGAUACAGCUGCAGCUACCGGCUCGCAAGCACCAGGGCACACCUCCACUCUCCCACCUUUUCCGGGACUUAAUAAUCCGAUGCAGACAUCAACUCCGGCUCCAAUUGGUCAACCGUCAAACGAAGAAGCAAUGCGACAAGCUCUCGAGCAACAUAGGCGCAGGGCAGAAGAGCUGAACCAGGUUGUCGAUAGAGCCAGAGCUCUGAUCAACACUCAUGCUACUCGGAUGCGAUUUCAAGGACUGAACAUACAACGCCAUGACAACACUUACGGUCUGGCACCUCCACCGCAGGUCACAGAAGCGCCAAUAGGAACGAAUCCACAAGUACCUAAUGCACCUACUCCCAAUAUAAAUACUCAUCCGAACCAAGGAAUCACACAGAGCCUGCUGCUAGCCCGGAUCACAUCCCAGAUCAUGCUACUGGAGCUUGAAGUCGAACGGGGUUCAGCGCCCUCUAUUGAGUCUAUUGCAGCGGUUCGCAAUCAGCUGUACGCUAUUCUCGACACUCGUUACCGCCACCCCUCAUCAGGUCCUCGGGGCGUCGAGAUUGAAGGGCUUCUGUUGCGUUUGCAAAAUGUCCACGCUCGCGCUUUUCAGAUUCGUCAAUCUGAGCACCUCCGCAGCUUGUCCGGGGUGAACACCAGCACAACCGGAAGCAGCGCUCAAACUACUCAAGCUUCGGAAUACUAUCUCAUCACAACACCCUCUGGCGAACAGAUGAUUCUAACACCCCCUCCACCUUCCACAACACAGAACAUUCCAGAGACCAGUCUAGUCUUUCCAGAUCAACAACCACCGGCUAGGGACGAAGUUGAUCCAUUAGGCAUGGUCCCCAACGAGGUCUUACGCAAUGUCGUCCGACAGGCGGUUCUGGACCAACUACCGGUACAACACAACAACAACGACCAAUUUGCGCGAAACCUUCGACGCUUUUGGCUCUUCAUGCGUCUAUAUUUUUUCUGCUAUCUUUUCACUGACUCAAACACCUGGGAGCGAUAUGUCUUUGUAGGGCUGGCCGCACUUGUUGCAUUGUUCUCCGAAUCCAGGAUCACAAGCCAUCUGUUCAGCAUCGUAGUACAACCACUUCAGCGCCAUCUCGAAGGGUUAAUUCAUGGCGAGCCUCCUGCCCAAACGCAGCAAGCCACUAACGGUAUCAAUGAUGAAAACAACCAACCUACAGACCAGAAUCGAGCACCUACAGGUCGCGCCCAGUGGAGCUUUCGACGCAUUGAACGUGCCUUUGCUUUGUUCAUUGCCAGUCUCAUUCCGGGUCUAGGGGAACGACAAGUGGAAGUGCGAAAUGCAGCUGAAGAAGCAGCACGUGUUGCCCGAGAACAGGAACAAGCUCGUAUAGACGAAGCGAAUGCGCAGAAUGAGGCACAAGGGCAAGGAGAUGCAACAGCUAAUGAAGGCGAAGAACCUCCAGCAGCUACAGAGGCGCCUGGUAUUGCUGAGCAACAGCAGCAGCAACAACAACCAGUCCAACAAUAA